CCUUGUAUUUCCAGCAAAAAACAUCAACGAUUUGACAAAACUGUCAAAGUUUAUUUCAAAAAUUUUUAAAUAACUGACAAUUCGGAUUUUUGUAAAGCGCUUUUUUCUCAAAAUUUUGGUAAUUGUAAUGAUCAUUAAAUCCACAAGAAAAACUUGUUCGUUAUGUCCGAAGCCGGCGUGCAAUCCCCGGUGGGGUCACCCAGACCCCAGGAAUUUUCUGAAAAUUUCGACUUUUACGUUCGCUUCGCCAAACCGUUAGUUUUAAACCUUUCAGCGCCAAAUGAAAGAGUUUUGGCUGCCGCUUGGGUCCAAAAACUUUCCGACACAUCCAGCGGAGAUGAAAAAACACGCACGGAUUACCUUAAACUCCUCCUUUUCGUUUUGCAAAAAGGAAGAUUAUUUGGACCUUUUUCCCGUAACCCAGCCACGGUCGAAUUAGACGACUUAGGAAUGAGACUCAUAGACGUUGCUAAAUGCUGGUUAGAAACCGAAGAAAACUUAAAAAAGCGCCGCUUCAUCCUUGGAUUAUCAUCAGAAUACCCAGUGAUAAACGCAGAGUGUUCCGGAGAUUUAAAAGAGUACGCCGCAUCUCAAGACAUCCCAAAUUUCGGGAUCCAUGCUUAUUACGCGUUCUCAAAUGACCCAAUCACCGAAUGGAACAACAUCGAAAAGGGGAUUUUCCCAAAAGGAGCUUUAAGCGCCAUCAAAAAAGCUGAUUCAUUAAGCGCGGUCAGCGAACACACGAGAAAAUCAAGAACUAAAUCGAAGGAGAAAUCGGUUGAGGCAAUCAUUAAAGGAAGAUCGAAAUCAAAAACGAGAUCAAGAUCGGCUUCGAGAGUCGAUGGUGGUAAAGGAAGUGCUGGAGAUAUGACCGAUCAAUCGUACAAAAAAGUUUCCUUCGGCUUCGACGACGAAAAAUCGCGAUUAAAAACAAUCCCAAAAAGCUCUUCACCAUUAGGAUCACCAAUGCCAACAGAAACAAGAAGCCCCCCAACGUGGGGUUCAAAUUUAAUCAGCGUGAGCGACCCACCACCCGCUGAAGGGGUUCUUUUGGCUUCAUUCGACGAAAACGAAAUAAAAUGCCCAUCAAGAGAAACUUUCCUAACUACUACAUCCAAACGAAAUCUUUUUUCAACUUUACCCCCCGAGGAUCGCUCACCGAUAUUUUUCGAAUCACCACCAUCUUAUCACGACGUCAGCGACGUAGAAAUCGAUCCGCUAAGAAAACCCUCCACACCAACCCCGCAAAAAUCAAGACGAGGUUAUGAUUCGGCCGAUAUGAUUCGGAGAAGAAGGAUCGUUCGUAGACCGUUUGAUUCAGCUCCGAAAUUGAAAUAUGAUCGCUGGGGACUUCCCGUAAAAGAUUUAACCCCAAUGACAGCACCAAGUCUUCCUUAUUUAACACCACCUCGAUAUUAUGAUGAAGCACCAAGUUUACCUUACUUAACACCUCCUCAAUAUUAUGAUGAAGCACCAAGUUUACCUUACUUAACACCUCCUCAAUAUUAUGAUGAAGCACCAAGUUUACCUUACUUAACACCUCCUCAAUAUUCUGAUGAAGCACCAAGUUCACCACAACCCGCGCCUUCGGCAAGCGAAGAAGUGGAUGAAGCGAUGCAAGAAAUUAACGAGCAAUAUCAAAAAUUAUUUCCUGCUGCGGAAGAAAUGAAUCCGUGUAAUGCGGGAAACGCGGAAUAUCGGCGAUUGCAGGCUCGGGUCGGUGCUCAACCAGCGAUCCGCUCCAGAAUUCCAAUGAGAGGUGGUAUGAGAGCGACUCAAAUCCCACAACGUAGAGUUGCGCAACCACAAAGGAUUCCGCAACCACAAAGGAUUCCUCAACCACAAAGAAUUCCCCAACCACAACGGAUUCCUCAACCACAAAGGGUACCUUUACAACCACCACCUUGUAUUGACCCAGACGCUGAAUUUGAGCUACUGGAAGCUCAGUUCGGCAUUCAACCUUCAAGAGCUAGAACGCCUACAUCAGCAGAACGAAGAGCAGCUGAAAUUGCUCGGAGUCAAGUUGAAUUAAGAGCCCAACAACAAUUAGAAUCUUUACCACCAUGCCGUAUCGAUCCCGAAGUUGCCGAGUUCGAGCAGCUUGAAGCACAACUCGGGAUUAAACCACCAAGAAGGCCCUUACUUUCUACGUUCGCUGAACGAAGAGCCUCACGAACCAUGCUACGAAGAAUAGAAUCGCGAGCCAGAAAGCAAAUGAGAUCGCCGCAACCUCAAGCACAAGUGGCUGAUCAAGCUAUAAGGGAAGUUGUAGCUCAAGGAGUUCCUCCGGUGAGUGAGCAAGCUCAAGAUAUCGUCGAAGAAGCUAUGGUGGAUUUUGCACAAUCUCUUGAGCCAGAACAAACUUUAGACGAAAUGUACGCGGAACAAGAUUCGCGAUAUCCCGAUCGACGAGGUGACGUUCCGCGGACUCCUCCAUUAUUUUCAAGGGUAGUUAAGAUUCGCGAAGGUCCCGGCCGAAGAUUAACUUACGCAGCCGCCGAAUUUGAUUUGGGCGAAGAUGAGCAAUUCGUUCCCGGGCCUCAAUUUAUGCGAGGAAGAACUGCGUUAUCUCCAAGAGUGGAUGAACGAGAAAACUUGAGGCGCACGCGGAGACCCUUCGACAUCUUCGAUUUAGCCACUGACGACGAUGGCAUCCUCGACGUUGAUGAUAUAGAAGCCAUUUUAGUCCCGAGCCCUAAAUCACGAAGUUUAGAGAGAUCCCUCAGAGAGGCCACCACCUCAAAUCUCCAACAAGCCAUGGAAAACAUCCCCGCUUUAGGCGGGGUUCCAGCAACAAUCCCAGCAAAAUCCCCACUUCCUUUAAGACCCUACGAUUAUCUUUUAUUCGAAAAUCCCCCCGAAUACCAAUCACCGUGUGCUUCCCCCGAACGACAAACUACACCAGGAUAUGUUUCACCACAUUCACCACAAGCACCAAGACAACCAUCCCCAAUUAGAAUAUCACCAACGCUUAGGCAGGCAUCUCCAGUGAGAUUGCAAGAAUAUGUCCCAUACGUUGAUCCGUGCCCGGAAAGUGAAGCUCUUGUAGAGAAGUAUAAAACGCCGCCGCCACCAAGAGUAGCAACACCCCCAAGAAAAAUAGCAACGCCGCCUCCCCAGCCAAAAAGAAAAACGCUUAAGCUACCAGCUAGAGCCAGACCGAAAAAGCUUAAACCAACAAAACCUGUGCCGGUACCAAAAGCUCCCCCCACACCACCUCCGCCCGCCCCUCAAAGUCCGCCCAAAAAAAUAGAAAAAACCUUUCAAGAAAAAGUUGCUGAAAUGCACGAACAAUUUAAAGAUCUUUAUUCUAGUUUAGUUGAAGAGGAAGAUUCGACUUGCCACGGUGGGAUGACACCUCAAGGAAGACCUUCUCCGUAUUUCUCACCAACGACUCCUCCCCUUCCUCCUCCGCGACGUCGUUCCCCAACUCCAUCUCCUCCACGUCCUACAAUGCCCGAUAUAUUCGAUCUUUCAUACGGUGCCGAAUGGGAUACCGAACCGGAAUUCGUAGAUGAAUCCAGCGCUUAUUCACCUCAACAAUUUGACCAAUCUAAUGACUACUUCUUUUUCACCGAAACCGAAUUGCCUUAUUCCAGUCCUCCGCCGAUAACGCCGGAACAAGUUCAACCUGAAAUUUCUGUUGUUCCUUGCGGAGGACCCUCUACGCCAGUCUCACCGCCUCGUCAAUAUCUUGCAUUGCCGCCACCGCCACCGCCACCUCCGCCUUGCACUUGCUCAUCUGCUGCCGCGCCCGUUCCUAUCGCAACUCCACCCAGCGUGCCUAAAGUUGUCGCUUCAAUUACAUCAGUAACUUCAGUAACAGUUUCACAACCGCAUUCCCCAUUACUAACGAUGGAAGAGAGGCGAUAUGCUGCCUCAUUCAAAGAUCCCGAACAAGCGGCGUUAAUGAAGAGGGUUUUGAAACUUGUUAGAAGUCCCGGGGAGGGUUCUCCUGUUUGCCCCGAAAACUUUUUCCCCGAAUUGGAAGGACAAACUAUUAAUAUAGUUGAUUCGCCACCAGAGCUAAUUGAUGAUUUAGAUUUUUAUGAUGCUACUCCAGAUCAAUCGUUUGAUUUUAGAGAUUUUGCACCAGAAGCGUCACCAGAAGUUAAAGAUACAAGAAUAGCAGCAGCUAUACAAAGUCAAGAAGCUGAAUUAGGAAUGGUCCCAUGUUACGGGGCAGCAUCAACCCAAGCAGUUGCUGGUACUCCAGAUGACAGUUUUGAACUUUUAGAAUAUCAAGCUUACAAAGAAGCUCAAGAAGAAGCAAUACGUGCCGGACAAGAACCGCAAUUGCCGCCGCGAUACAUGAGACGUCCGGAUGUUUUUGAUCUCUCUUCAGGAAUGCCGUGCGAAGGGAUAGGUGGUGGAUUAUAUGAUGUUGAGGAACCUGAAGAUUUUAGAGACCAAGCAGUUUUAUCGCCUCCGAGAACCCCACCUUGCGCUGCACAAGAUCAUCUUAUAUACGAAGGUGAUGCCCCGGAAUAUUAUUCUCCGGACGCGGUGGAAAUAGAAGAAAUAGAAGAAGUGGAAGUAAGAUAUUCGCCUCCUCCUCAACAAAUUCAAAUGCCGGGAGCUGAAAGAGUUUGUGUUAGUCCAGAACAAGCUCCAGCAGUUCCUCAAGCAGUUAGUCAAGGAGUAUGUCCGGGGGUUUCUCAAGCCCCGAGACAAUCGUUUAGACCGUCGUAUCCACAAAUUUCGCCAGAUCAAGGUCCAAUUGAUGAAAUGUUAUUUAAAUCGCAAAUUUUAAUGGCGGCGUCUCCUGAAUUUAAAAAGUCAAUGACAGUGCGUCCCGGAUCGAUCAAGGGAAAAUCUCGAGUGGUAAGACGUGGUGUUAUGCCGAUGUUGCAUCCGGAUAUUCCCGAAGAAGGUGAAGGGUCAUACGGACGUCCAUCACUGCGUUCACGUCCAAGGCGUCAGCGGGAAUUUCAACCAUGCGGUGCUUAUGUAGCUCCAACUGGUGCAGAGACAGCCGCAGCACAACGUGCCGCAGAAGAAGAGCGUCGCGCUCAAAUACUUUACACUCCAACCAAGGAUAGUAGACCUGCGAAAAGAAGACGAAGACCAACUAGAAAAGGGAGAAAAAUCGACUUUGAUGAGGGUGUAGAGUGGUAUAGUAAUUUGCCUCCAGAAGUCCAAGAAGUAAUUAUGGCAGAGGGUAUGAGCCCGCCUAGUCCGGAAUAUCUUCCGGAAGAUUUAUUGGGAGAGAGACGACAAGGACAAUUUUACGCGCCUAGAAGUAUAAUGGAUGUUUCUAUUGAAGAAAGAUUACCCAAACCCAUGUCACCUGAGGAGUAUUAUGGAAUACCGUCGUUUAGACGGAGAUCUUCACCAAAACCCAUACCUAAACCUCUUUCCCCAUGGCGAGUUGAUCUCGGAAGUGGCCGCCAAGAUUUAAUUAUUUGUACACAACCAGCUGAUUUUGUUGGAAGUCCAGAUGUUGCGAAUAUACCUGACGAAUAUGAAGCACCUGAUUCUUUAGGAACUGACGCCCCUUGUCUCGGUGGUUAUGUCCCGAUUACUCCUCCUCGCGUUGUAUCCCCGUUGGUAUUACAACCAAGUCCUCAAAGAGCUUUUGGUCCUUCCCGUCCAUCUCCGGGAUAUCAACCACCAGUUCGACGUUUACCUCCAGCAGCAAUCAUAGCCGCUAAUAGGCAAUAUCAAGAAUUACUCCAAGACACUCCUCCAGAUGCUUUACCACCAUGUGCUAUGGGGGCACCUUGUGGAAUUGCUGAUGUAACCCCGCCACUUGCUUUACAAGGACUAUCAAGUCCUCAUACUCCAAGAAGAACACCACCACACUUCUAUCAAGGAAUUGGACCUGCGGAUAUUUAUGAAGAUGAUCCAUGUUUGCUACCUCCAUCGCCUUUAUCACCUAUGAGUCAAAUGAGGCAAGCUGUUGCACAAGCUGCCGGAAGAAGAGGUAUAAAACGAACGAAACCCCGGCGAAGAAUUUCGGCUCCACGUUUAACUAGAAUCGAACAAGAAGAGGAUGUGGUUAGUCCACCACCUCGCAUGCCCACUCCACCACUUCGCAUGCCCACUCCACCAUUAAGAAUUCCUACCCCCCCUCCGCUACCUCCUUGUGGGCCAGCUCCUGUUUACGGUCCACCUACAUUUGACGCACAUAUACAAGAAAUGAUAGCUGAUGUUAAUGUAGAUUUCGAUGAGAAUGAUAUCGCUGGUAGUACAGCAAUAUGUCCACCUCCCAAAAUGGACGUCCCCUGGCAACUUCUUCAAAAACAAUUUCAAGUGCUUGGUGGGAUUGACGAUUUUGCGGACAUGGCGGAUGUUGCGCAAUAUGUUUCGCCUCCAAGAACGCCUUCACCUCUUCGUCGAUCCAAAUCACCUCCUAGUGGACCACCAUGUCCACCUCGUUAUAGUCCAGAUUUUCCAUGUGAUGUUAGAAGUCCUGUUGAUGUUUAUGGCGCACCCGAUUUUAUAGGUUCUCCCGAGGAUCCGUUUAAUGUCGCUUUUGAAGGCUAUUCACCUCCUGGAUAUGAAGGACCAAUAACACCUCCAAGAAUGGCUUCUCCAGUUCAAGCAGUUCCUGCGGCAUAUUCAGUUCCUGAACCCAGAUUGAGUCCGGUGAAAUACAGAUCACCUUCACCACCGCCAGGAUCGCCAGAAUUCAGGAGAAGAGUUGAACAGCAUGUACCAACAAGGUACAAAAAAAGGCGACGACGAGCACCAGUACGUGCUAUGGCACCUGUAUCUGAGGCUAUAACACCACAAUACGAAUCGCCAAUGAGGUCACCAUUAAGACCGCGAUCUUCUUCACCUCGGUAUUCGUCUUCACCAAGCACACCUCCACGGGAUAUUUUCGAGGAUCAAUUGUUUUAUCCAAAUAUGAUGUUUGAGGACGAUGCACCAGAGUUUAUUCGAACUCCUGAAGCACCAAUCGCUAUUUGUUCCCCGGGAGGUAUAUUCGGUGAGGAAGAUAUAACACAAGGUUAUCGCAGUCCUGAACCUUGUUCUCCGGAAGAGGAACUGUUUUUCACACCACCACAAUUUCCGGAAUCGCCUUGUCGAUCUCCAGUAUAUUCGCCAGUUAGAACGCCAAUAAGACAACCAGCUCCACCUCGAAUUUCACCACGAAGAGCAACUCCUCCAAGAAUACGAACUCCACCACAACCAGCUCGAAUCCCAUCACCUAGAGCUGUAACUCCACCACCAGUAGCUCGAAUUCCAUCGCCAAGAGCCAGAACUCCACCGAUAAUAGUUCCCUGUGGAAGUCCGGGACCAUCACCAGGAUUUAUGGAAAGAGUUCGCCAACAUCAACCGGUCCGAAGAAGACGACCAAGACGUCAAGGAAUGCCUGGAAUAAUGGAUUCAAUCCAAGAAACGGCAAAUAUCGAAAGGACACCGGCAUUACCACCUGCUUUUCAAAGAAGCGCACAAGUUACUUUCACUCCACGGCAGUUUUCUCCACAGACUCCUCCAUGGGCUCGUAGUGCUGAUGCACCACUAUCGUCGUUACCCGAUUGGUUGGACGAUAUUGACGUUGCAGACGAUUAUGAAGCUGUAGCGACUUGUAAUGCCCCGUGUCAUGCUGUUGUAGAUACCAGUCCGAUUCCGGAAGACCAACCGACAACGAAUUUCGAAUGGUUGUGAUGGUAAUCAAGAUUUUAUGGCUAUACGAUCAUGUUUUUAUUUAUUGAUAUUUUUUUCUAUUUUCAUUAUUUUACAAUAUGUUAUGAAUAAAUAUAUAUAUAUGA